UAAAGAUAAGCUGACGUCUCUGCCUCCGUUUAAACCGGACCGUUACAGUAUACUGCUUCAGCCUUUGGCAAGCUACUCAGAAUGUUCAUAUUUUUGUUCUCCUGUGAACAACGGACUGAAUGGAGCGGUGAGAGACCCAGGCCCUGGUCCGGCCCGUCACACAGCUGUCCUGAACCAACUGAUGAGAAAGAGAUGACCAAGGCUCAUAUUCAGGACGAAGAUUUCACCAUUGUGGAGACAACGGAGGAGGUAGAGCCAGGAGAGACGGAGGGUGAAGCUGAGGAGACGGAGGGUGAAGAAGUGGAAUCGGGGGUCCAGGAAGCUCCGGAAAACUCCCAGUCUGAGCCUGCGUCACAGCCUUCGCCUCAAGAGGAGGUCCUGCAAAUGGAAGUUCUGCUCCUUGCCACCCACACAGACGCGACUGCGGGGCAGGAGAAGGUGUCCUCCAGGAAGAGGCGGAACGUAAAACCUGGAGAUCCUGCAAGCACCCAACGCACUGCGCCCCCGUUGCGCCUGCAGGACUUCAGCUUCAAAAUAGCAACAAGAUAUUACAUCGCCCUCCUGUUCCUGUUAUUGGUAUCUACCGUUAACUCCAAUCCGAUCCCUGCAAGGCAGUGUGCACUCUGCCUGAACUCUGCCUGCGCAACACAUAUCCUCAGAAUAUGCAAAGGUGAUGACUUCAUAUGGCUGAAGGGAACAUCGGAAAUCGAAAACUGCUUCAAGGACAGCCUGAAGUCAGAUGAGCCGUGUCAGCUGCUGAAUGGAAGCCUUGUGGUACAGUCUGACCAGCCCAUUUCCUUUGAAGGGAAAGCCAGCCUUUCAGGUGGCAUGGAGGCUUUCCUCUCUGCGAAUGUGUCCUGCGCUGAUCUUGACCUGCUUCCCGGACCCAAGUCUCUCCCCACCUCAUUGGUGAACACUACCACCAGCACCACAACCGCAGAGACCGGGCCUCCGUCUGGUGUCGUUGCUAUUGGUGUCGUCGUUGCCAUCGUUUUCAUAUAG